GGGCGGGCGGAGCCCGGGGGCGGGAGAAUGCGGGUGCCGCUGGCCCGCGCCCGUCACCCGGGAGGCGCCGCCGCCCCAGCGCCAUGUCCCCCCCAGCCUCGGCGGCCGCGGGCAGCGAGCGGGGCAGCAGCACGUCGGUGCCGCAGGAGGAGGCGGAGGGCGGGCGCGAGGAGCAGCGGCCAGUGAAGCAGUCCCUCAGCAAGUCCCUCUGCAGAGAAUCCCACUGGAAAUGCCUGCUCCUGUCCCUUCUCAUGUAUGGCUGCAUGGGAGCCAUGACCUGGUGCCAUGUGACCAAGGUCACCCGGCUGACCUUUGACAGCGCCUACAAGGGCAAGUCCUUGAUGUACCAUGACAGCCCCUGCUCCAAUGGCUAUGUCUACAUCCCCCUGGCCUUCCUGGUGAUGCUGUACGUGGUCUACCUGGUGGAAUGUUGGCACUGCUACACCCGCAACGAGCUCCAGUACAAGGUGGAUGUGGAAAGUGUACAUGAGCGCGUCCAGAGGAUGCAGCAAGCUACCCCAUGCAUCUGGUGGAAAGCCAUCAGCUACCACUAUGUUCGCAGGACCAGGCAGGUCACCCGCUACCGCAAUGGGGACGCCUACACCACCACCCAAGUGUACCAUGAGAGAGUCAACACGCAUGUGGCGGAGGCUGAGUUUGACUACUCCAACUGUGGGGUAAAGGACAUUUCUAAGGACCUAAUUGACCUGGAGAGCUACCCAGCCACACGGCUUCGCUUCACCAAGUGUUUUAGCUUUGCCAAUGUGGAGUCUGAGAACUCCUACCUGACGCAACGAGCUCGCUUCUUCACUGAGAAUGAGGGGCUGGAUGACUACAUGGAGGCCAGGGAGGGGAUGCACCUCAAGAAUGUGGAAUUCAAGGAGUAUAUGGUGGCCUUUUCGGACCCGGAUAACCUGCCUUGGUAUGUGUCCCACUAUGUCUUCUGGGUGGCUGCCCUCCUGACCCUGUCCUGGCCCUUGCGGGUGCUGAAUGAGUACCGUACCUCCUACGUCCAUUACCAUGUGGAAAAGCUGUUUGGGUUUGACUUUGUGGCAGUGACACCAGUUGAGGAGCGCUCCUUCUGUCGCAGGAUGCCCCGCGUCAACACGGUGGACAGCACCGAACUGGAGUGGCACAUCCGGUCAAACCAGCAGCUGGUGCCUAGCUACUCAGAAGCUGUACUGAUGGACUUGGUGGGGCUCUCUAGCUGCACCAGUUACUCAGCCUGCAGAUAUGGGGGCUACCGGCAGAACUGUGAGCGGUGCCACAGGACUAUAAGCAGCUCUUCCAUCUUCUCCCGUAGCGCACUGAGCAUCUGCAAUGGCAGCCCCAGGAUCCCCUUCAGCAGCAGCCGCUUCUCGCUGGGCCGCCUCUAUGGCUCGCGGCGCAGCUGCCUCUGGCAGAGCCGCAGCGGGAGUCUGAAUGAGCAGAGCUGCCCGACGGAGCAGACCCGCCUCUCCAGCCAGGUCACCGUGGAGGAGGAGGACCCUCCCCCUUACCAGGAUGCCCUCUAUUUCCCCGUCCUCAUCGUGCAUCGCAAUGAGGGCUGCCUCAACCAUGACCACCGCCACCUCCAUCGGAACGGGUCCUGUGUGGAGACCUCUCUGUGAGCGGGGAGGGCGGCCAGGUCUCCUUGCUGAGCACCACUGGGGGCCCACGUGUGGGCAGACGCAGGACGUAGGAAGGGAGGGGGCAAGCCAAGGAAACAAGGCUCUUGCUCCGUGCUUGGCGUGUGGGGCAGAGAGGUUGCUGCCUCUCAUUCCUGGAGCGAAGGUGCUCUACAUAGCUCCCAUGCCCUCUGGCAGCAAUGACGUCGUGGAAGACGGGGUGACAGUAAGCUGGGCGAGCAAGAGCACCCCCUGUGGCAUGGCAUAAAACUACAGACCAGCUAUCAUGCAAAAAAAAUAAAAAUAAAAUAACAACAACAACAGAAGAGGGGGAACGGAAAAACGGGACAGAAGUGGGGAGCAGCAUGCCCUGGUUCCCAGUGCAGCUGCUGGAGACCUAGGUUGGCUUGAGUAGGGCUCAGAGAGAAUGACACCACACAGCACCCUACUGCAUCUCUGACCUCCGUCCCUGCCUCUUGCAGAGGCCAAGGGGACUGGGACUAGUGGAACAUUUCCUCUGGGACUGGUGUUUAGCUCCUAGCGUGCCAAAGAUCUUGGGGCAGCCAAGCCCAUGGAGCUGAUGGGCAGCUUAGAGGAGAUACUCAAAACCCUCAAGUCCAGAUCUUUCCCUCCCUCCCUCCCUCCCCCCAGCAUUUCUUUUUUUAUUUUUAUUUUUUAGACCAUGCUCUGACUGUUACACUGUUCUCAGCUGCUGGGAGCAGCACCACCUCCAGAGGAUCCCAAGGCUAGAAAGCCUCAGCCCUGAAGCUUUGAGAGUCAGCAUCCCCUAGCUAGAGCUGAAAGCCUUCCAGGACUUUCCAUUUGGGCUUCCAGCAAGCAGAAAGCAACAGGGGACGUAGAAAGGAACAUCCAGACAUGGCCAAAUACAGUCAUGGCAUGAAGCCAGUAGGGCUGGCUGGAGAAAAGUCCCCCUGCAAGGCAAACUAAGGAGACGGUUGUGUGCUGGGCUCCUGGAACCAGGAUACCAGGAAGUACCAGGGGGUGAGUUGGGAAGCUGAGGUCCUCUCAGCCUUGAAGUGAAUGAGGUCCGGUCCUAAUUAAUUCAGCCAAGCCAGGAGUUGGUGGUGGGAGGAGGAAGCUGAUAGGUUCAGCUGCAGAUCAUCUGUUAAUAAUAGAUGGGCAGGUUGGUGCCUCUUGCUUUGUUGUGAAAUGAAGUAAGCUGCGGUAAGAUGGGGGCUGGGUUUGGACUGGAGCUCUGAGGGGAUAGGGGGUAGAUGGCUGUGUGGAGAUGCCCCAGAAUUUCUGAAGAUCUUGGGUUCCACGGAGGUGAAGGGAAAGGGCUGCUACCAACAUGUAACAAUGAAAAGAGAUUCCAGCCUCCUUGCUCCUCUUGUGUCCCACACCCCUUGCUGAAAGGUUCAUAUUGGCGCAUCAGUGUUUCUAUUAUGGGUUCCUUGAAGUUACCUUCAGACAGCCUCUAAAGGCCUAGAAGUGCCAAUUUCAAAUGUAAGCAUACUGAGAAACUCCUGAAGCAGUCAUGAAAAGGACAUUUUCCUUCCUGUUUCCCCUUCAUAUGAGUAGAGCUGCUAUUUCCUUUCUUCAGCUGCACUGCCUGGAGUGGGCCACUUCUCAUGCUGUGGAAUGUGCCUCCCAUGUAGUCCUAGCAGCUUGUGCAGCUUGUAGACUCACAUAAUGCUGGACCAUAGAGUCCCAGUGGAUUUAUGAGGCAGAAAGCUCUCAUGAUAACCUGAAAUUUUGAAAAGCCCUGAAAUGCUUAACAAACCUAGGCAUAACAAGAGAAAAAAACCCAACCUCAUUAUGCUGAAAUAGCUAAAUUAGGGGGGAAAUUACCUGACAGACCCUAAAAUACCCCAGAUCAGUGAGGUAACAUACCUGGAAAUGGAAACAGAGUUCAAUAUGAGGAGCGGUGGCAUGAGUUUGCCCUUAAGGUCCCAAUCUUGCAGUUAGAUCUGGGUGGGCAGAGCCCUGUUGAUUUACCAGGCUCUGCCUGUACAGUCCAAGAGCAGGGUUUCUGUCCUAAAUGGGUCACUCUCUUUAAAUUGCUCCCCCUCAGCUAGUGCCCAUGGGCAUCACCUCCUGCUAGGCUGAGUUUGUGGACAAAGCCGUUCAGAGGCCUGCUCUGCCAACUCUUGGUGCUGAACCCAAGCCUGAUGGACAUGAGUGACCAUGUGAAAUCAGUGCUGCUCCCUUCGUGAGCAGUGGCGCAGGAUUGGGCUCUCAGUGCAGAAUAGGGAUGGCCAGGUGGGACAUUUUUCUUUCAAGUUGAGCUGAAUCAAAACAAAUGGUUCAUGUGGGGAGACAUUGAAGAAAGCUCUGACCCAAUGUGUGGCUGCCCUUGUUGCCUCCAUCUCUUGUUCACACCUUCCCUUGUCAAGUGCAUCAGAAGACAGGGUUUGGAUACCUGCAAGUGACCAUUGCUGCUUCCUUCACCUGCAUGUCACAUACCACACCACUCCCUGUCCCGUACCCCCUUCCUCAUACAGAGGUGAAUCCCUUCCUCACACAGAGGUAGCUUAUGAAGCUCCUUGAGUGAUGAAGGCUGUGCAAGGUGAGCCUUGUGAAUACUCAGGAGGGUGAAAGGAGAUGUAGUCAAGGCUGAAGGGUAUGUUCUGUAGAGACCUUUCAAAAUAAAGUUCCACCAGCUCUGUCCUCACUUUGCUGUGGGUAUCUCUACCCUGUGGAGAGGAUGGAUUAGCCCACAUGGAGCUCUGUGCUGCCAGGCCUGGGACUGAUUCCAGUACCACAGGGAGCUUGCUUAAAGCCAGCUUGGGUAUCUCCGUGCAAACCUACCCAGCAUUUCCUUCUCAGUGAGAAGCUUCCCAGGCCUCUUUAGCCCACUAUAGUCCCUCUCCUGUUUUCUAGACGCUCUUUUCCCAGUCAAUCAACUGUUUUCUCCCUUGUUGGAGGCCCUAAUCCUCCCUAGCCCUUGUUGCCCACCAGCUUGUCUCCAUUCCCCUCACCCAUCCCAACACAGGAUGUGACCUGUAGUAAAUAUCAUCUCCAGCUGGCAGCAGGCUGAAAACCCAAGCAGCAGCACAGACCUCUAGCACUUGUGCUAAAGGAUUAACAUAAUUAGCUGGCCACAGCAGCAGGUAUAUAUCCCUGCUGGUGUGGGUCAGGUGUGAAGAUGAAGGGGAUAGGUAGAACAGUAGAGUACACCAUAGUUAGUCCAACCAGACUGUCCUUUGCUAACUUAUUAGUCAGAGGGUCUGUAUCUGCAGGGAAUACUGUUAGGUUGCUUCACCUAGUACAUCAGAGAGAGGUAGUUACCCAUGUUAGUCUAAAAUCAGGCAAAAGGCAGGGUGGGGUGGCACUUUAGAGACUAACUCAGUUAGAAACCCUCUUCUGCAUUCUGCUAGAUCAGAGGCAGCUUUGUCCUUCCUCUCCAGCCUUGCUGGAUAAUAGCUAUUUUAGGGAACUGUUCUCCAAGAAAAGUCAGUACAUCAUCUGUUUCUUCUCUAAACAAGGAGACCUCUUGUUUAUAAAGCAGAUGUCUGUCACUUUGUUACUAGCUGAACCACCUUAUUGACUUUUCUCCUCUGCCCAGGAGGUUUGUGCUCAUCUCUGCUCUUCACUCCUUGAAAUUAGCUUGUUUGGUUUCACUUGGUGUCAGUUUUGUUUCUGGUUCUCAGGCAGUAGAUUCAGAGAAAAGACUGUUUGAACCAAAACAUUUCUUAAAGGCUUACCCUCAAUUUUGUUAAGAUUUUUGUCUUGUUAACUGCCCUACCCCCUAGUACGGGGCAGGCCUAUAUCCCGGGCUUUCAUUCCAGUGCCCCCAACACAUCUGGUGGGUGCAGAUUACCAUUUCCUGGGACACCCUCUUUCACUGUUCAUGCUGUGUUGUCUGCAGGCUAUUUAACCCUGCCUUGGUGGAAGGGGAUGCUAUGCCAUUGAUGCCAGUGGAGGCAGCAGUGUAGCAAUGUGGCUGUGUGUCCUCACUACAGGGACAGAGGUGGCUUCUGGUUGCCAAUGCAGUUGUGAAUAUGCACCUGCUGGCAGCAACUAUUUCUAUGCUCCCCCACACAAGUUGGCACCUAGGGUGGUUGCCCCAGUAACUACACCCUAGUUACACCACUCAGUGGAGUUGUCUUCCUUAUGCCUGUUGGAUUUAGUUUGCUGUGCUCUGUUCUCUGCUUGUUCAGGGUCUAGUGUAGCUCCUGUUAAUGUCAAGGGAAUGGCUCAUCAGGAGGUUAGUUGGAGAUGGCGAAAAGGGUCCUUAUGUCAUGGAAAAUCAGAAGUAACUACCCUGAAGCCCUUGGAGUUCAAAUGGAGUAAGGACAGUGCUGAGUGGAGGGCAUCAGGCCCUUAUGUCCUUCCCAAGACACUCCAUUUUAAAGCAUGUACUCCUGUCUUAAGUGAGGGAUCACUUGAGAUCUUUUGGUCUCCAGUGAGAGAAGUGUCUUGUCUAGGUGGAUGCAUCAUGGGGUGUUAAAGGUCUCUCAGUUCCUCUCAGGCAGGGGAAAUUGCAGAACUGGGGCAGGUUAGAAGGGUUUUCAUGCCCACCUCCUUUAUCACUGCUUCCCAGCCCCUUGCCCAUUAGCUUUGACCAGGCCCACUGUCAUAAAGGUGAUUCCCUGGGUUCAAGCUCUGCCCUCUUCAAGGUCUCAGCACGGAGAAUCUGCUUCCAGGGAAAGGCCAGGUUUCCUAUCGAUGCUGCUGGCUGGAGCAGAAGGGCAUUUGCAGGUUGAGAAAUGGGGCCCUUUCCUCACACCUGUCACUCAACCAGCCAUGCCCCCAUACACUCCGCUCUCAACUUUCAAACUCACCUUCUCCAUGUGACCCCCCCAGCCCACCAGUGCAGCGACAAGCAGCCUUGUCUCUGUCCCCAGCAAUAUCUGCUGCUAACAGCUUGGCAUGCUCUCAAGCCUCUUACCCCACUGCGGCUUGCAGGGCCGCUGAGCAGAAUACAUGCCCCUGCCAGACUCAGCAGUGAAGAACUAGGUUCAUUUACCAACCCCAGAUCUCCCCUGUUGUAGCAUGUACACUGAGGCUACUGGGCACCCCUGGUUUGGCUAGAGGAGCAGCUUGCUGCCUUGUAGGCCAGCCCCAGCUCCUCCAUAGCAGUUGGGUUGGAGUGGGCAGAAAAGCCUCCCUUCCCAUCCCAUGCCCCACUUUGGAAGCUGGGUGGGCAUAGCCAUUAGAGCAGCCUGCAACUGAACAGAACCCCAAGCCACUCAGAGGCUGCAUGCGUGCCAGCCCUUGUGGAGCCCCAAAUUGAACUUUUGCACAGGCCUCCCUGCCUCUGCCACUGACCACUUAGCAGCCCUAUAUCUCCUUUCCUUGAUUGCUCCUGGGGUUGGCCAUGAGUUGCCCUUCACUCCAGUGUGUUUGCACCAUGCAGUUGGGUGGGGGGCAGGCCCUAUCAGCACGGGGGUGGUUUGUGCAGCCCCAGAAGGGAGGAGCUCUUGGCAUCUCAGGCUGAUGCCGCAAAGACAGGCUCAGCUUCUGUGCAUAUGUGCAAGGAAAUAGCUCCUACCCAGCUUGACUCUGCAGCCCCAGCUGCCUGCGUAUGCCAGCAUGCUGCUCUCCUGUGGUUAUCCCCUUAAUAGGCUCAGCUGUCCAGUUGAAUUAAGAUACCCCUUCCCAGCCAGAUAAGUGUGAUUCUUACCAUGGCACAGACAAGCACCCUCCUCCGGGGAUGAGGCAAGGAAAUACUGGGAUUGGACAAAUGCAGCAGCUGAUUAAUCCCUGCAAGAUCCAGCGGCUUCCCCAACAUGCUGACUCUUACCCAAGCCGUGUCCUAGGGGCACAAAGUAGCUCUCCAGGGACAGCACUCAGGGUUAUCACGCCCUGUCUCCUGGCCUUAGGUAUCCCUUUGCUCUGGCUGAGAUCCUCCUGAGGCCACUCAGUGCUGGUUAAUGCAGGGAGGUGUAUUCAAGGGAACCAUCCAGCAUGCAGGACUUAUUGGAGUUGGGUCCCCUUCUUUCAGCAAGGUAUCUAGCCCCCUCCAGGGAUGGCUCAGGCAACAGCAUCCAUUCCCACCAUCAUAGAAAAACAUGGCUGGAAGGGACAUCAGGGGGAUUAUUUGGUCCAGUUUGUAGCUCAGGGAAGGUUCACUACCAUCUAAACCAGGCCAGACAAAUGCUCAACAGGGGCCUGAACUUGGAGUCCAGUAUACUACCUUCUAGCUAUCGCCAUAUCCUGCCCUAGAGAGGGUUGGAAUGAUGUGGGAGCAGAGGCCAUAGCCAGGGCUGGGGUGUGUGUCUGAAGGAUGAGGAGGCUAGUGGCUGUGGGAUUCCUAAUAGGUGGGAGGUGACGGGAGCUUGCCAAGGCAACAAAGUAAAGAUGGUUUCUUUCUCCACAGUAUUAGAAUUCAGCCCAAAGCAUCUCAUGUUCUACGCUCUGUAGCCAUCACACUAGUAUUUCCUCUGUCUUUGAUGCGGUAGGACCCCAAUACCUUAAAGCCCCCCAGGCUUGGUACCAUUAUGUUAACUGGCCCAGCCCCCACUCUUUUUUGCAGGCUGGUAUCUGAUCUCAACCUUGCCUGCGCUGGUGCUGGUGAUUCCUCUGACAGCUCAUUCAGUUGCCCCAUCUGCUCCUCUCAUGCUAGUUAGUAUGCUUCCUCACAAUCUCACCAGAAUUGUCCCUGUUGUAUCUUAAUCCUGUUACUUCUCUUCCAUUGCCUAGCUAGAGUAGUUGCCUCCUCCCCAAUGACACUACUGGUAGGGGCAGAUGUGUCCUGUCUCUUCAGACCUCUCCCCUCCGGCCCCAGAGUUCCUGAGUCUUUCUGGGAUGUUGUUAUACAAAGCCCUGACCCCAGGGACUCUGCAGCUUUUGUUUCUUCCUUGCUUCUUACCAUUCAGCCCUGAGGAGACAAAACCUGGGGGAAGGGGAAGGAUCAAAACAAGAAGCCAUGACCCCUGAGCCAAGCAGGCUAAGGCUUUUCUUGAGACUGAUCCUUCUCUCUGCACAGCCCAGAAGGUAUCUCGCAGGUGAUUUUGCUCACCCUUUUGGAAGGGCAGGGAGAGCAGAACAAUCUGGAGACUCUUCCCAUUCCCACAGCGCAGAGCAGAGCAGAGCAGAGUAUUCCCCUCUGGUGUGGACAGGUGCCUGCUGGGACCAGGGGGAUGGACAGGUGAGCUGUGAACCAGCACAACCUUGCUGGAUUUUUUUCCUUCCCUGUUCCACUCAUCACCAUCUCCCAAGGCCUGGGGUUUGUUUUCAGUGAGAUGCUUGACAGCAGGCUUUCCCCACAUAACCUGACGUUAUGAGUGAAAUGGGACAGGAGCCAGGCCCCGUCUCCUCCCAGCACAUUGAGUGGAUAAUAUGUCCCUUGGAGAGGGCUCUUUCACACUGUGAGAAAGCUAAAGAGUGAUCUAUCUGAUGUUUCCUUUUGCUGCCAGCAAAGUCCAUGCUCUUUAGAACAGCCCAUCAAGUAAGGUAGGCCCCAAGUUUUGGCUUUGCUAAUUAAAAGUGAUGGGAGAAAAGGAAGGCAGAUGGUUUAACCACCUCUCACCUAAAUAAAUGUGUGCCAUCCAUUUCUUCACUUUCAGCAUAUUGGAAGUCUCCCUGUCAGGACUGGAUGCCCAAACAUUUUGCUGGUACAAGAACUGGGAAGUGAAAGUGGCUAGCCUAGCAUUACUGCCUAAGCUCAGUGAAAUGCAGUGUCCCACAAGUCACACAGGUGAGGGGGAAAGUAGAUAAUAUUUCAGAAAGUUCUUCCAUGGUUCAUACAUGUGGGAGGUGCAGGUAAGCCAGGGGGAGAAAAUAGCUUUGUGUUGCCACCCCCAGUCAUUCAAAAAUGAUGGAUCAGAGAAAUGUUCACUCUGGGCAAUCAAAAGGCUGCUAUGGACUUGGUUUUUAAAAAAUCCCUUCUCUCCUAAAAUUCACAGUUCAGAGAAACAGUCCUUUUCCUGUCCUUUGUUUCCCAACAAGUGUCUCAUCUUUUCCCAGGGUUCUGAUUAAGCUGCAACAGCAUCAGGGGCACAGGGGGAUUUGCUCUAUUGCCUGGGGAAUCUGGAAGGAAAAAGACAGUUGCAAACACAUGCAGAUACAACACCCCUUGGAAAAAAAAGAUAAGGUGAUAGGCACUCUACAUGUGAGCGGCAUUUUUAGUUUGGUUUCUACUUUCUAUUCAGGAGUUGACCCUAUUGGGGCUGCCUAUGGGAAUUUGAUUGUUUGAUUGUGCGGGUGGGAGGUGUUAUUAUUUCUGAAAAAGACAAAAGGUUUAAUAAACCAAGUCACAGCCAGGUUUCAGGGGCAGUCAUGGUAAAAUAUAGUCCCUCCCAUUUAAAGAUGCUCCCGGUUAUAGAAUAAUACCUUCAGCUUUUUUUGUUUUACUCAAGCUAUUCUAAUCAUAUCUCUGGUAACUGCUGUUUAGUUAUAACACAGUUUAUACUGUACAGCCAUCCAGUUUAAAACUAGGCUCUACUGCUAAUUCUGUGCCGCAGCAUACACAGUGGGAUGUCAGAUGUCUGUGUGAAAUAUUACACCAGCCAGAAUUUAUGUGACCAAACCACAUGCUGUUGUAUGUCUCAAUACAUGAUUGGUACCUUGAGACCUUUUAAAACGUAUUUUAAAUAGGUCUUCAUUGGACAACAAAUUAAAUAUCUGGCUUUCUGGAUCCACACUAUCCCAUUGUGGCAUGUGAUUUUAAAAAUCAGGGCUGUUUUGUAAUAUUGGACCCCAAAGGUGCACGCUGGCCUGGACUUAGUUUAGCCAAGAUGAGUGGGGUCUACUGGGCAACACGCUGUACUUUUUAGCAUACAGCACAUCCCCAAAUGAGAUACAUACCUUGUUUUUGAAAGGCAGCAUCUGGAAAAAAGAUCUUUCCUUGAAAAUACUGGUAAGUAGCAGUAAAGUAAGUGAGUAGCAGCUUCUGCAGCAGGAACCUGCAGCAGUGAGUUGGGUAGGGGUUGGAGAGAAAGUAUUCACAAUUGACAGCUAGAGAGCCCCAGGAGUUGCACUGGAACCUUACUUUUGCAUUCCCCGGCACAGGCAGAAACUGUUAUUGCCAUAUAUCCUUGAUUCUAACACAUUUCUGAGCAGCUGAACUUUUUGGGGGGAAAAAGGUGCGUGUUGUAUCUGAGAAAAUACAGCAUAUGGUUUAGGACACAGGGCUGGUUUUGUUUCCUCUUUCCCCAUGUGGGUACUGCUGACCUCAGUGGAAAUAACAGCCAUUUUGGAAAGAAGGGAAGGGUGUAGUCCCAUCUGAGGUAAAAACCAGUGGGCUGCAUUCAUUCCUAGAGUAACUUUUCUGAAGAUGGUGGAGCUACGCUGGGGUGAAGAAGAACCAGCAUCUCCACAGAUUCGCUUGUCCUCAAGAGCCCAUACUAAUCAUCCCAUUGCAGUAUUAAUUUUAUAUGUAGAAUUAAUGUUGGGACUUUGCUUGGAUCCAGCUUCAUGGAUCUACUUGGUCUUCAAACAGUGGGCCUGUGAGGGCCAGCUACCCCAAUGGCCAGCCUGUUUUGCUCUGCUCCCUGUGUCAAGGAACCAUGAGUAACACUUUGAAGGGGAACAUUUUGCCCAAGGAUUUGUUCUGUCAGCUCCAUCAGAACUCACCAAACAAACUGACCUCUACCACCUAGGGCCAGGACCCUUUUCCCAAGGACCAUUUUUUCCACAGCCUUUUCACCCACCAGUGGAAAGAAGUUUCAAGGUCUAAUCUGAACCUGGAUGGAAACAGCCUCAUGCACUUCCCUUUCUCCUUCUCUGCACGUUAGUCAUCUUACUUGGGGGCAAUGUCUCUGUGGAAUCCAGUGGGACCUCAUCUUCCUGCAAUCCAUUCUACUGACAGGUACAUCACCACCUAUGCAACACUUUCAGAAACUGCCGAGGCAUCAGUCCAUUCCAAUGCACAGUGUGUGCUUCUGGCAUUGGUAACAAGCACCACUGCUGUCAGAAACCAAUGUUGUUUUUUUCUUCUUUCCCCUCAAGGCCUUGAGGAAAGACUUCCACCCCCUCUCUGUACCCCCCACUCCUUUUCUGUUUUGUAGACUUAAGACUUUCCAUGGGCAAAGCCAAACUUCUUAGAACAUAGGUGCCCUUCUUGGAAUAUCACCAGUCCCUGGAAAUUGGGACUAUCGUGGAUCACCCACUGUGAUUAUACUUCAGUGAACUUUGUAGAACAAAGUAAUGCUCAUCCACAGACAUACCUGGGGAUCUCUCACACUCCAUCAGUGCAAGCUGCUUUGCAAUCUUAGGUCUUCUCUUAGUGAAAGAAACAGCGUAGCUAGAAUGUGUCAAGAUGAUUUAGUAUUUGUAUCAGUCACAUGAUCCUAGUGUCCAUUAGCUGCACUGUCAGCUGACAUCUAAUGAGUUCCGACUUUGGAUGGCAGCCCACGAAUCAAUCAGGGGGAAAAGGAUUCAAAACACAGGCUUAAGAGCACAGACGAGUCUCCAGAAACAGGAGCAGAUGCAUGAGAUCAGGUGAUAACAGAUGUAUUCCUCCUGUUCAAGUCAGCUAGAAGCUUUUUUUGGUCUGCGUUUUCCUCUAGGGAACAAUCUAGCCUCAAGAGAGGUGGCGGGUGGCGGGAGGGAAAUUAUCUAAUGGGUUCAGUGAAAUUGCACUUAUGCUAUUGUAGCACUGGUUGAAAACAAAACAAUUGAUCCAACAGGAUUUUUAAAAAUGAUUUCUUCAAAAUAUAGCUAAUCAGAAAGACCCAUGCUGUUUAGUUUAAUGUUUUGGGUGCUCUUGGCUAUGUCCACAUGGUUAAUUUGCCAUGCCCAGCCGUGUCACCCCCCCAAGAGCAGUGUGCUGGCCCAGGCAGGUUGCCUUCUAAACCACAAGCAGUGCAGCCAUAGGCAGGCAGUAGGUUGUCUGCAGGACCCAGGAUUCCCCAGGGGUCUCCCAUUAAAGUACUAGCAAGGUCCAGGACUGUUUAGCUUUCAUGUUUAGUCAACAUCAGUGCAUUCAGUCUGUUAUGGCUGGCCAUAGAUGGGCUAGCUAGGGACAGGCUAAACGGCCUGUCCAUUGGCGGUGCUCACUUCCCAAGUGAAGCACAGCUACACUGCUUUUGGUUUAGGAGACAGCUUUGGAGGAACGUGCAAUUGACUUGAGGGCAGCCGGGCAAUAUGAAUUUAGCAUGGACUGGGGCCUUUUUAUGUGUUGAAACGUUAAUGUAUUCAAAACCCUUCACAUUUGGAAAAUUUCUACCAGCUCUACUAAAUAGUGAGGACUUAGUGGCAGAGAAUAAAAAGAAUAGGAAAGGAAGGUAGAAGAAGAUAAUGUCUCUGUAUCAAUGGCAGUCCAGCACCAAGGGGAGAUCCAGCAUAGAGGCAGGUAUCUGGGCACCCAUCUGCAUUGUUAUGCCUCUGCUUUGUGCAAAGGUAGUUGCGGAAUAUCUUGUUUGCUGUGGUGGUCAGUGGUUAUGUGCAGGGAUGGGCAGAGACAGGGACAGAGGCAAUAGCCAUAUCAUGAGGAAGGCUUUAGAACACAUCAAGACCCCUUUGAGCUGCAUUGGAAAGCCUUGGUUCUUUAGUCACCAUAGCACAUCCAUAAUCCCUUACGUCCUGCUGCUUAUAUUGGUUUGCUUCUCCUGCAGGAAACUUUCCCACUGUCUACUACUUUCCCACCCUGGCCAUGAACAAGUGACAGGCAGAUGCUUCAGAGCCUCAAAAAAGUAAAGAGAAAAGGCACCAAAUUAACCUGAAGCUGAAAAGGCCUGCCAUUUGUGUUUUCCAGACCUCCAGGACUCAGAACCUGGAGGAAAACUGCUCUCCCUGAACAGAAGGCCCUGAUAAAUAAUGCAGAGGAGAACCAGUCCAGCUGCUUUAAUUUAGGAGGAUAUAACAGGGAGCCUGGGGCUCCUGUUACUUUAAGAAGAAAAAAAAAAACAGUGGCAGGCAGCCUAACCAGGGCUAGCUGCAAAGGAAUAGGCAGCCAGAGGCCAGAAGCUGAGAGGAACUAUUGCUGUACUGGUUGCACACCAGUAGUACUAUAGGAUAGAGCCCUGCCAAAGCAACAGAGGCACAGCUAUAGUAGGUAGCUGGGGUAGCAGCAACAAGCUGUCCAGUAGAAGGAGAGAAGCAGCUGUGCUAGGACUAGCAAGUCAUCUGACCAGGAAUGGGCGGGACUUGAGUGACAUAUAAGCCUGGGCCUGUGCCAAGACAGGUGAUCUGGCCUUGGAGGCUGCAGUGGGAAGAGCUCUGUAGCUGUAACACAAACAGGUCCUGAUGCAAAUGGGAACUGGAAAGUAAGGCACUGAGGUCUGGUGGGGAGCUGGGACUCAGGGUGGAAAUGAUUUUUGUUAUGCAGCCAAGGGGUUAUGGUUAGUCACAGUGCUUAGGGUUUUGAUGCAGUUAAACCAGUGGUCUGGGAAGGGACUGAAGCGGAUGUUUGGAGAGGUCCCAGUGGUAACUGAGGGGCUUUUGGAUACCUUGAGCCUUUCCAAAGGGUAGGGGCUUGACUGUAGCAAGAGAGAGAGAGAGAAAAAAAAAAAUUGGAAACAGAGCUAGGGGGGCAUGCCCAAAGCAGGGCAUAGACUAGGGCUAGGGGCCCACAGCCCAAAAGGGGUGGGAACUGUGGAGGGCUAUUCAGCCCACCUCCUAAGAAGGGUAGGGAGAGGAUUAGUGAGUCUGUUGCCUGAGAGGGGCACAGACUUGAACAAGAAGAGUGAGUCCUGAAGAGACUAGAUAUUAAACUAGGGCUAGGUGUCCAUGGAAAUAAUCAACUGGUACCACCUGUGAGGUACAGGCAUGGCUGUAGGGGAGGGUGGAGGCUACAACAUUAGCCCUUAAGGUGAUUAGUGCCUGGAGGCAUGGCCAGACCAUGGGGGGCCAGAGGGCAGGACAUCAGGGUUCAGGAGGAACGCACAGACUGAGAGCAAACAAGGGCUCACUCUGGGAUCUUAGGGUGGCCUCCUUUUUCACCAAUCAACCAUUAUAUCAAGGGGUAGCAGGUGGGGGGGAAAAGGAAGGGGAGCCAGAGUAAAGGCAGGAGUUGUGCAGCCACCAGGGGGUGUCCUGGCUGCCCCCGGAGCCCAAUCCUGUUAGAGACCAAAAGGCAUUACCACUAUAGAAAACGUUUUGUACAGAGACAUUACUUUUAGGGCACUUUAUAAACACAGGCUCCUAGUGCUGCUCCUGCUAAGGUCAAUGGGGGCCUUGCCUCUGUUUUCAGGAUAUGGUUCUGGUUGCAUCUGGUAUCCAGGUCAUGGGGCACCCCCAGCCCUGAGGGGUUUCCAGUUGGAGAGAUGGAAGCUGACUGUCAAAGUCCUAGAUAUCCCUGUUAGAGAUCAGAAACGUGGGAGUGGGCCAGGGGCUAGCAUCCUGCUGCUUGGCACUUGUGGGCUUUGCUGAAAUGAUGGCUUCUCAUGGCAGAUGUGGAGGGAAGGCUGGUGUGUCAAGGUAGGGGAUUGUUUUGGGCAAGAGGUGAAAGGGGGAGAACAAAAUAGGUGAGUCAAGCAAAAGGGUGUGGAAAGGACUGGACAUUGUGAAUGGAGCACUGUUCGCCCAGGAGAUAUUAGGCACACAAGAGAUGCUCAGUGUCUCCACAUAGUGUGUUAAGGAGCCCAGGCCAUCAGAGCAAUAACAUUGCCUCCCAGCCCUGUGCUCUGGGCUUAGUCUCCACUGAACAGAUAUCCAUCUCGCCAAACCACAAUGGAUAAUGCAGCCAGAGGCUCAGAAGUGUAAUUGGUACUAAUGACUAAAUUGCCUUGUGCCUUCAGGGAGGCUUAUCCAUCAAGGUCAGGGGGAUGGUGUUGGCAGGGCAGUGGUAGGGCUCUGGUGGUACUUGCUUCCCUGGCUUGGCUAGUGUGGAUAAAGCGCUUCAUUUCUCUCUAGCUGUUCCCUCGGCCUUGCUUAAGCCUUUAUGAGCACUGUCUCUGCACUGCUUUCCACCACCCCUCACAGCCUGCCCCAGCUAAGCAACAGGGAAACAAGGCUAGAAAGCUUCAUUUGCACUCUCCACAGACAGAUAAUUUACAGGAGAAGGUGAAGGCUGGAACAGUGGGAAGGGCUCUGGAGAAAGCACUGUCGCUACAUCUCAGCCUCUGGGUCAGAACUGGGAUACCUUUGGGUUGGGAGCAGGGAGGCAGCUAUAGAAGCAAGAGCACUAGCUCUCAAGGGUGGUGAGGCUCCUGGUAAAAUUCCAGGCCAGGAUUAAGGGCAGUUAGCAGGACUGUGGAGAACACAAGUCUAGGAUAUAAAGUGGGGUUAGCUGUCCAUCAGGGUUGAGGUGGAUCAUCAGAGCUUAGCAGCAGGAAUCUUGCUUGUGCUAUGCACGUUCAGCCUGGUACUGCUUGUCCCUGCUUCUCAGAGCAUUAAAUUAAUCCGCCCACUUGUGAAAAAGAAAGCUUGAAAUCCAGAUUUCAGCCCAUUCUGAGGUAGGAUGCAUGAGCCUCAGUCCUGUCCCUUGGGCCCUUUCAGAUGCUAUGGAAGUGUCUGGCAAUGCCCUGCUGUCUCGGGGCAAACAUGCAAACCCCAUGGGAUACUUGUCUUCCUUUCCUGCCUCUUAAUUGCCAUUUUCCAGUACCUCUCUGGCUAGCUGAGGCUGCUGGCAGCAGCACUUCACCUGGCAAACCAGGCAGCAACACUUUUCCACCUCCCCCGGCAUCAAGCAAAAGUUGCUCAGUGUGGGGCAUGGGCAAUGCCAGCACAGGCUAGAGGGAGGGGCUGAAUGAAGUAAUGAGCUGUGUGCAUGCCCUUCUUCCCCCAAGCCAACCCAGUGCCCCCACUACCCAGUUAAGGCUGGAUAUUGCCCAGCCCAUUACAUGUAUAUUACACUGCUAGCACAACACCUCAAGAAUGUAUUCAACUAUCGCUUAUAGCAGAAGCUGAGAGAUGUGGGCAGGCAGCCACCAUGAAACGAAUAGCUCUACGAUCAUAUGCAUUCAGCUCAGAAAAGCAGAAGCGCAGCUCGCCAUCUGGUGCUUUAAGGAACCAGCUCUUAUUCUCCAUGCAGCUUGGAUGGAGGAUCUUAAGCGCACAUACAAAGCAAAAGCUCUCAUGUUACUCCCAAGAGCUCCAAGCUUAAGGAUGAGCUUUUGAAGCCAUCCCAAACUACACACACAGUCAGGUUUUGAUGGUUUCCCAGCCUUUGGUCCUCCACACUAGUGGAUGUUGCAUAUAGAGCACGUGGGAGCCUCUGGGCACAGACAGCUGGAGCAGAUACUCCUCAAAUUAGAAGCUGAAGGUCUGUCCUACCUACACUUUCAGUGUCCUAUGCUACCCAUGAUCGCUUGUAGAGCUGAAUGGAUUGUUGACAAUGAGAAUUGUUCAUUUGCUGCAUUUGCCCUUUGUUCUCGUCAGUUGUCCAGGAGCUGACAUUCUUUCUUAUUCACUUGCUCAUUUUUUGAAAUGGUUGGACGUGUGUGCACUGUCAGAAUAUCCACUUUGAUGGUUCCUUGUUUGUGGUCUGUGCCUGGCCACUUAUGCUGCUCAGUUUUCUUUCUUGGGCCCCCCCCCCCCCCCCCCCCCCCCCAGCUGGAUGACACCAUUAUAAAUAGUGCUAUUGUUCUUGCUGUAAUGAUCCACAGAUACGGUAGAAGCAAGAUUUGGGAGAUGAAGGAAUAUCUUUCAUUGGACCAAACCUGUACAGUUGGGAGAGAAAGCAGACAAGUUUGAGCCUUCAAGUAUUCUGCAAGUAGCCAUGCCUGGAUUGUGUAUGCUUCUUUCCCAGAUCUGUUGAGGGGUGCUUGAUGUUCAAAAGCUUGUCUGCUCUCUCUCCCAACUGUACAGAGCAUUCCAGUAAAAGGUAGAGAUGUGCCACAGCAGAUUUGUGCCCUGGGCAACACCUGGGGCAGCACCAUCUGCUGCGCUGCAGAUGACCUGGCCAGUUGUCAGCUGUGGCAGGAGUUAUAUUUGUGCCCCUUGCCAAAAGAAUUGCCCAUGGCUGCUGCCCCAUCAUCCGCCCUUGGUUAUGCUAUUGAAGAAAGGAUAUUACCUCCCCUCACAAAUCAGCUUCUCUCACUUCUUUUAUAAGCUUGAGGAAUGGAAGUCAAGGAGAUUUCAAAAUGGCUGUCUUGACACAUCUUCAAGCUGGCCGUGGCACCUGUACGUGUGUGUGUGGUAGUCACGAGCUGUUAGUUUCCUGCCAACCUCUGGCGGGCCACAGGUAGAAAAAUUGUGUGUGUUUGAGAAGGUGAGUCAAUACACACUUUAUUGUAAAAUAUAUCCAUGGCCCUGCUUUCUCCUGCAUUUUGCCAGCUCCAUCCAAAGCAGAGACUGCCAAACAAACCUAUUAUGCUUUGUGCAACUGCCAGAGUGUUAAUUUGCAACACAUGUUUGGGGACUCAUCCAUUUCCCAUGUUUAACUUAUUUUCAGUGCAUAGCCCUGCUCUCCAGGCAGAGCGCUACACUAAUGCUCUAGGCACAUCCAUUCCCAGCACACAUGCAGCCCUGCUGCAGACAGGUCCAUCUGAGCUUGCUGGAAGCUGCACUUGCCCCACUUGGCUGAAUCCAGACCUUGUGUUUUGUUUUUUGUUUUUUUUUUCUGACGUUAUUAAACUAAAAUCUCAUUGAAUCCAGGUGUAUCAUUUAAGGAAAAGUUUUGUAUAGUAAGAAAAGAAUAUCACCUCAACAUAAAGUACUAGGUGGCAGGUGAUGAAUAACAUGUUCUGGAGAUGUUUGGGGAGGGGGAGCAACUUUGUGUAGCUGAUGCCCUUAGUAUACCCUGCAGUGCAAGCUACCAGGAACAUCCAUGCACCACUUGGGAGGGAGUGAAUGCAUUGAUUUGCAAGGACUGCAGAGUGGUGCAUCUGACACCUCAAAGCCUGGCUGCUGCCACCAGUGAUAACCUCACACUAUCCUUUCUGAUCUAUAAGGCCAUAACAUCAAGCAGCUAAAGGCCCCACUGGCCAGGGGGCUGCAGGCAGCAGAGCCAUGGAUGUUUGUAUCUGUCACCCAGAGCGAGGCACCAGUGGGGAUGUAUCUAACAAACUCUUUUGUGAGCACUGGGAACAGUUUUUACUUUUAACUCUGUCAAUAUGAUCUAGCUCUGUCUGUCUCUCUCUAUAUAUGUACAAACAGUAUAUCACAAUGUUGCCUUUUUUGUUGGGAAUAUCAAAGUACAAAGAUUGUAAACCAAAUCGGUGUAAUAAAAGUUUCAGAUGAUUCACUGA